GGCAUUUUCCGUGUGCCUGAAAACCGGUGCAGCUGAAUUGUUACUAUAAAGGAGCGAACAGGCACGGCGGCCGUGUGCACAGAGGAAGCUGGGCGAAUAUCCACAAACAACGUGAGCAGAGACAGCCUCAUACUGCAAACAUGGGUCAAGAAGAACCCCCCUCCCUACAUCGCCGGUAGCCGGACUGUCGAAAGGAUUGUGCGAGUUAAAACCCGGCGGCAGUUCUGUAUCCGGACCGUCUAAACCGGUGGGCAGCAGAACUGUGGAAGCAUUGCACUUGGGUCUGGAGUUCUGGACGCACACUAUGCCUCUGGACUGCCUGGAAGAAAGAGUCGAAUCUAAAGAAUCAAAGAAAGACUUAGGAAUAAAAUCAGGAGGAAGACCCAAAAGUCAGAUGUGAGCUCCACUUUGAUAACCUUUCCUCCUCGACGGCGCUGGGAAUCAUCAGGGAAGCAGCUGGGAGGGGUGUGGUAAAGAGAAUGGAGGGCAGUCUGGAUCAAAGCAAAGGCACAAGUCCCAAACCUGGGAAGAAGAAUGGGUUGAUCAAUACCAAAGACCUGAAGACAGACAGCAAGGAUGGCCUGGUGUCUCUGUACUCGGCUCCUCAGUACCAGGGCUACGUGCUGGGGAGCUUUCCGUCUCUGAAUUACAUAGAACAGGGCAGAAAUGGCUCCAGUCAGCAACAGGUGCUGAACCCCCGCACCCUUCAGCACACUGUCGAGACCCAGUACCGACCUAGUAUCUUUAUGCACUCGGAGAGUGUGCUGAGAGCCUGGGGGGAGAUCGGCAGCACAGACUGCUGUGAAACAACUUUUAUUGAAAGCAGAUCGCCCAUAAAGGACAGUCUGGACUACGGGGAGGACCACCUUAUAGACCUGUCCACAGCUGACGGCAAACUUCAGACACUCUCUUACGACGUGGAGGAUGAAGACGAGUUCCAAGAGCUGGAGAGCGAUUAUUCGAGUGACACAGAGAGUGAAGACAACUUUCUCCUGCUCCCACCCAAGGACCAUUUGGGCCUCAGCGUCUUCUCCAUGCUGUGCUGCUUCUGGCCUUUGGGAAUUGCCGCCUUCUACCUUUCACAUGAGACCAACAAGGGGGUGGCAAAGGGCGACUAUCACCACGCGAGCUCCAGUUCCAAGCGUGCCCUGUUCCUGGCAGUCCUCUCCAUCACCAUUGGAACUGGCAUUUACGUGGGCGUGGCUGUGGCACUGAUCGCCUACCUGUCGAAGAACAACCAUUUGUAGGGUGCUGGCCGGCAGAGCGCUCCGCUGCCAUCGGUGGGGGUGGGUAGGAGUUGGCAGGAAACAACAUCCAACGUCGUGGAAAGGCUACACUGGAGAAUCCCCAGUCAGAUGGCAAGCUGACUGUCUCAGACGUGGUCAACGGAACGAUCCAUCCAUCGCAAAAUCUCUCGGUGUGUUCAUUCAGCAAUUAAUCAUAUCAGUACACAGCAGCAGGGCGAGGAGGCAGCAGAGUGUUGACCUCACUAAGAAGCAUCAAUCGGCACAGCUAAGGGAGAGACGGGCGUGCUUUCUCCAAAGUGUGCCACGCAGUGACUUAAAUUCCAGGGAGUAUGGAACUGCAUUAAAUGAGCACGGUGCAGCUCUCACAGAGGUUACAUUGAGUCUGGAAUCCAUUCUCCGCUCACCCCGACUCAAAGAGAAACAGAAAUUGCUGGGAAGUCAAGCGGCGACCAUGGGGAGGGAAGUGGACUCCAGCUUUCAAGUCGACAAACUUUUGUUGAAAUGCAGCUGCCUGCAAUCUAUUCUCCCUUCUCGCAGAUGAUGAGUAUUUCGUGCUGCUCUGUUUUUUAUUUCAGAUUUCCAGCAUCUGCAGCCUUUUGCCACUCCAUCUGUUUCUUCGCUCGGCCUUUUCAUUGGCUGUGUCGAGGCACUGCCCGCCCUAAGGCCUCCUGUUAAUUUCACAGUGAAACUGGUCAGUGGGCAGCCUAGCACUCGGUUCCUUAGAACAUAGGAGGCAUAAUCAGAGGCCCCUCCAGUCCUCUACACCACCCAUCUCUGUGGCAAGCAGUAGAACCCACACCUGUUUGUGACACGCAGGUGGUCUUCAAAUUCCAUUUCUCCCUCCGGACCUGCUGUGAGUCUACCAAAGCCAGCCAACAACAUCACACAGAGCAAGUGUUUCCAAUCAAUUAGACUGCCCUUCCACUGGGAUGGGACGAGGUUCGGCCACUCUCCAGUGAUCAGCAAAACCUGCAAUGGACUCUCCAGCCACUGGCCUGUGGUCUGACUACAGCAUAAGGCAUUCAACUUUACUGAUAGACCCCAUGUGAAAUCCUUCCAGACAGGCACAGGCACAGCCACCACGUCCCAUGAGAGAGAAAUCAUCUGGAGGUAUCAGCUGCACCUGGAUCCACAGAGCAAUGCAAAAGGGCCAGAGCACACGGUCCUGAAGAGGCAGAUGGUCCCAAGUGUCCAAACAAAGCAUCUUCUCCCAUUUCAUCUUCAGCUAAGGCACUUGACCUUUGGCUGAAUCCAACCGAUAACUUAGUUUCCUAACAUUUCUCUUCAUGGUGGUCCAGGACAAGGGGCAAAUAAUUGCAACAUUACAAGGUGGAGUGAGGUCAUGAAGUGACUCCUGUUUUGCCAGAGCAUUCCCUCCUGAAAGCCUCCUGUGGCUUCAGGUCAGCUGGAGCCCCAGAUAGAUUUAUGUAGAGUAUUGGAUUCCAGCAGUGUGGGAAGGCAUGAGACCAUAAGACCAAAUGGCAUAGGCCUUUUGGCCCAUUAAGACUCCUCUUCCAUUCCAUCAUGAAUAUUUUAUUAUCCCUCUCAAUGCUAUUCUUCCUGUAACCUUUGACAUCCGUACUAAUCAAGAACCUUUCAACCUCCACUUUAAAUAUACUCAGUGACUUGGUCUCCAUAGCCAUGUGUGCCAAUGAAUUCCACAGAUUCACCACCCUCUGGUUAAAGAAAUUCCUCCUCAUCUGUGUUCUAAAGGAACGUCCUUCUAUUCUGAGGCUGUACCCUUUUGUCCUAGACUCUCCCACUAAAGGAAACAUCCUCUCCACAUCCACUCUAUCCAGGCCUUUCAAUCUUCGGUAGGUUUCAAUCAUUGUUUUAAACUCUAGCAAGUACAGGCCCAGAGCCAUCAAAUGCAACUCAUAGAUUAACCCUUUCAUUCCCAGGAUCAUUCUCAUGAACCUUCUCUGGACCCUCUCCAAUGCCAGCACAACUUUUCUUACAUAAGGGGCCUAAGACUACUCAAUAUAUUCCAAGUGUGGUAAUUGCUGCCUCUUCUGGGAUUCCACUCACAUCCCAACAAUUUGAUGUCCCACCCAUUCCCACUUUGCAGGGAAUGCUGAGCUGGGAAUCAAACGAAUGUCAAUAAAGACAUAGUGGAUGAGUUGUUAUUCCUUCUCUUGCCACAUCGAUUCAAAAGCAUAACAAAAUUUGUUUCAUAUUAGCAAUAUCACUUGUGACUUAUGUUCUCUCAUAGCAGUUAGCUUCCACUGACUUUGAAGUUUCAUACUAUUAAUGGUAAUAACAUCAUCACCAAACGGUUUGCAUAGUAAUUCACCACUUCCUAACCAUGUCAGGAAGUUGAGGCUGGGCAUCAUUUAGUGAUCAGUUGUUCUAUAUAAGUAAUGGACAAAAGGGUCCUUCAUCAGAACUUGGCCCUUGUGCUUUAAGCACCAACAGUUUGCCAAUCAUCUUGUAACUUCUCUCCUCCCAACUUCCCACUCUCUGUGUUCCCCAACCAGUUCCCUUCCCUUCAAUUGUUUCUUAACAUGUUUCUUGAUAUGGUCCAAACUUAUCUCCUUAAUCUAUCACCAUGCAAUUAUUUCCACUGAGCAAAACUUUGGUUUAGUCGACCAGAGGUCAUUGGUUUAGCUCUAGAUCAACAAUGCAGUUUGACAUACCCAUUAUACUGUUGGGGGACUGAUCCACAUGUGGAGAUACUAUCCUAUUUGAGAUGUUUCCCGUCAGGUAAUAAAUCCCAAUGCAGUAUUCUGAAGCAAUGCAGAAUUCUCCCUGCGAUCAAUAUUCAUCUUUCAACUGUUAUCAGUUAUCUGUUAAUUAUCUCACUUCUGCUUUUGGAACUUGUAGUGUCCAAAUUAGCUGAUCACAUUACACAUUCUGUUCGAGUCUAUGAUCCAUUAAAGUGACAAGGACACUGCAUCUGCUUAUCAUGGGAGUAAACUGAUAACUGAUACUAACCACGCCGGUGGUCGCACCUGCCAAAUUGCUCCGAGAGCCUGGGACCAGAAGUGGAAAGCUUUGCUUUACUAAGCCUCACCCCUGCUGUUCAGGUUUUGCCUCCUGCAUUGAUCUGCAUCAGAGUGCCUGAUUUGCCACAGAGUUCUGCUUGCACUUCGCAGAAUUCCUCAGAGUGCCAACAGCAUACGCUAUUUCUCACCACGGGGCAUAGGGAGGGGCGGCUCUUUAGUGCUGACCUUAAUGGCAAUGUUUCUGGAAUUCAGCUCAUUGCCAACUCAGUGCGGAAAUCUGGUCAAACCCAGGCUGGACGGUGUUCCCGCAGCACUGAAGUCAUGCGAAACUCAACUGAGGAACAAGUUCGACGUAUCGUUUCAGCCACUUGCCACGCUUUCUGAAAGUCAAGCAUGCAGAAAAUGCAAAAGCAACAAAAUAUCUCUUUAUUCAAAUUUAACAACUAAUGAAUGCCCUGUUAUUAAAACAAUGGUUUAAGUUUAAGUUAGAAGCUGUCUGACCUGCUGAGUUCCUCCAGCGUUUUGUGUGUGUUACUCUGGAUUUCCGGCAUUGGCAGAAUCUCUUGUGUUAAUGGUUUAAGUUCUGUUUGCAUGUAAAAUUGGAUGUGUAUUAAUUGAAUUGCACACUGGAUUUUCCCGUUGAUAUAAAUGUAAAUAGAAACUGGCAAAUUUACUGUAUAUAUCUUCUGAUUAUUUGUGGAUAGGGUCUGCUUCAUUCCUUAAACAGAACCUUUUUAUAUGCUUUGUUUUCAUGAAGAAUGAAUGGUUACAGCAUACAGAGAGACUGUAGCUAGUGUCCAUUAGCGAUGGUCAUUUGGCCAUUAUGAUAGGUGUCCAUCAAACCCGUGGAUAGGAAGAAUUCUCAACAGAGAGUGAACACUCCACAAGAACCAUUGCCCAAAGUCAUUCAUUGGGACCAGCAAUCAGUAUCUUGAUUUAAAGAUUUAUGAAUCUAUAAAGAAAGUAUUUAAAAAUAAA